AUGCAGGUGAAACAUCUGAUGCGACAAAUGCGAAUCGACUGUUGUCUUUUGAAAGACAAAAGGGAACUUGCUAUUGUGGACCGAUACGCACGCUCAGCGAGAUUUGUUACGCUAAUCUUGACAACUAUUUGCUAUUUUGGCAUCGUUUUUUUCGGAAUAUUUCAAUUACUGCCGUUGAUUCUCGACUACGUCUCGCCGCUGAACGAAUCACGACCCCGUCGACUCUUCGUGAUCACCGAGUACUUCGUCAGUCAGGAGAAAUAUUUCUACGCGAUGGUUCUGCACGAGGCGUUGAUAAUCUGCGUAGGAAUUAACGCGUUGAUCGGCGUUCUUAUGAUGAUAGUUGGAUACAUGCUGCAUUCGUGCGCGUUGCUUAAAAUCACAAGUUAUCGAAUUGAGAACGUGCUAGGAUCUCUUUCUGGUUCUGAGAAAAAAGAUUUUCUUUACAAGAGAAUGAUAAAUAUGAUCGUCAUCCAUCAAAGAGCUACUGAGUUCGUAAACGUUUUGUCAUCCGUUUUCGGAAGAUCGUUCACAAUGCUGGUCUUUGUAGGUGUGACUUCUACUAUUAUCAAUCUUCUUCAAUUACUUCAAGUUGUAACGUCAAACAAUUUUGGCGAGGCGUCUGUAGUGGCUCUUGUAACGUUUACUCAUUUUGUUUACAUGUUCGUCAUUAAUUUCUACGGGCAACAAAUGAUAAAUCACGGCGCGGAUCUAUUCAGAGCGUUCUACAACGGAAUGUGGUACGCGGCGCCGUUGCGCACACAGAAAUUGCUGCUGUUUGUAAUGCAGAAGGGAAUAUUGGACGUACAUUUGGACGUGGGUGGCAUGUUCAUCGCGUCCUUGGAAUGUUUCGCCGCGCUUGUGAGCUCAACGAUAUCCUACUUCACAGUAAUUUACUCCGUGCGAUAA